AUGGACAACUUGCUGCUUCUGUUUGCACUUUUAACAUCAUGCUUUCUCUCGAGACAGAUCCGGGCGGCGGAGAUCGCCGCUGUUCCCCGGGAACCCACUUGUUCACUUGGAACAAACAACAGAGGCGUUCCGCUGCUGCAGCCCGACCCCCCAACUUGCCUGUCUGCCGCACCUGAAGCACUCAACUUCAAAUCCCAUUCAAAUUCAAGUUUUGCAACUUCUGCCCCGGAAGAUCGGCUGCUGCGCCUGCAGCAAGCCGUCGAUGAUCUGCUCAAGAAACUCGAAAAACAGGGAAUUCAGCCCGCAGCCUCUCCGCAGCUUCAAGAGCCCGCUGUGGGAAAUGCCCAGGAUAUUCUCUUCGCCGUGCGUCAGAUCGAGUUCACAGCAAAGCCUUCUUUCAUUGAACUCGUCUCGCUCACCCGGCGGCGAGAUGAAGCCUUUUCGUUGGCUCUGUCUUCGGUUCUUUUGGUAGUUUGCUCCCGCGAGGGUCUGCUGGAGGCGCGCAGUGUGUCCAACCCUGUGAGCUCAGUGGCUCUGAAGACGGCGCAUGCAGCCCCAGUGUUGAGCCUUUCUGUCUUUCCCCAGGGCGACGUUUUCGCAGUUUUGACAACAGAUGAAGAAGGAAUUGCUUUAAUUCAUAUUCUGUCUGCAAAACGAAAAGAGCCAUCGCCUCCUCUUGCACAACAGGGAGGGGAGCCUCUGGAUGACCCCAAGUCAGAGCCUGUGUUGCGGCAUUUACCAUCUGAGCCCUUAGUUCUGUCUUUGACGCAAUCGGACGCUUUCCAGGUUUCACCGGGGGGCCCCCGGCGACACAACUGCGCCAUCGCCGCCACCAUAAAUGGGGAAAGACUUGUCUUGGUUGGCGGCAGAGACGGCCGCCUCAGCGGCGCGCUAAAGGCGCAGCUGCAAGUGACCGAGGAAGAGGGAGGCAUUCAGCAGCUGGUUCAUAUGGGCAGUUUUACAGUUUUUGCAACGAAAAGCUGCGUCGGGCACAUCAACCCAACAGCUCCAAACCUCACUGGAAAAGUGUCCUGCAUAGGACUAGAAUCCCCAAUUGCUUCCGUCGCUCUUGACGGACGGAAGGCAGGCCGCGGCGCCGUUUCUCUUUGCGAUGGGCAGAUUCUUUACUUCGACAUCAAAACUUGGACUUGUUAG